ACCCUCCAAACUACGACAGGGAAAAGGGACUUUUGUUCGACUUUUAUCCUGCUCAAAAGCUUACCCUUCCAAAGGGAGCAAUGAAGAAGACCAAGUAUGUUGCUGAUAACAUGGACUGCGUGUUCGAAUGCAUGGGUGUCCAUUGGUGCCGUUCAAUCAAUUUUAAAAGCGCCCCUCGUUCGAACGGUCUCCAUGCCUGCCAGCUGAUUUCAUCCGAACAGUUCGCUGGGAAAGAGUACAUGGGUCCAAGUAAAGCGUACAAUCAUUACAGCGUCAAGAAUCCAUGCCAAGAAAGCCCUUGUCGUAAUGGUGGCAAGUGCGUCUUCCAGGAAAACAGGCAGCAUUUUCACUGCGAGUGCCGUGAUGGAUUUGAAGGAGAAAACUGCGAGAAAGGCAGAUGCAAUGACACACUUGGUAUGCAAAGCAUGGACAUCCCUGAUUCAAAAAUAACCGCUUCGUCGUAUAUAAGUGGAAUCUGGUUGCCAUCUUAUGCUAGACUGAAUGUACUCCUUGGGUACGGUGGAUGGAUACCUGCCUCAAAUACAAUAGGACAGUGGAUACAGGUUGACUUGAGCAAUGUAACCAGAAUUACAGCUAUUGCGACACAAGGCUCUCAAAGUGAAUCCCACUGGGUUAAGACGUACAGUCUGCAGUAUAGUGAAGAUGGAACGAGCUUCAAAGACUAUGAAGGUGGAAAGACUUUGUCUGGAAAUUCGGAUCGAACAACGGUUGUAAAAAAUAACCUUGAUCCUGCUAUAACUGCCAGGUAUAUCAGACUUCUGCCAAAGGCAUACUAUAGCUAUAUGGCACUGAGAAUGGAACUUUAUGGAUGUAGAGUAUUUUGAACGGCCAAAUGCAUGCACUCUUCUUAUAUGCAAUCUGCAAGUCACAAUUAGCAAAUGAUAAUAUAAGAUAACUGACUGUCCUUCUUGUCAAUGAAUGGUUAACCCUUUGAGGACAAGCUAUGAACAAGCUAAUUGAACAGUUGGACAUGCACAAUACAUAGUACAAAUAUGGAAUGCAAUAGGUUUAAUGAAAAGAAUAAGGAAUAAUGCAACAAUUACAAAUGAUUUGUCUACAAUAAAGUACCGG